AUGCCCCCCGCCGCCGUGGACGGUACGAACGGUUCGGCUCCUGCUUCUGGGCCGUUGACUGUCGAAGCUAUCCCUGCCUUGAGAGCCAACAGCGCGCCGAUUCCCAAAGGCGUUGCGCCUGCCACCAACAGUGAUUUCUUCAAGAGCCCGGCCUGCUAUACCAAACCGAAAGCGAAGCGAUUUGAUCAUGUGUUCUCGCUCGAGUCGAGGUCGCGCAAGGAGUCCACCUUGAAGGGUGCUGCGAAGUAUCUCAAGAAUCCAGGCCUCAUUUCUUUGGGUGGCGGUUUGCCGUCCCCGGAAUACUUCCCCUUCGAGGAACUCAGCGUCAAGGUCCCCACGCCGCCGGGAUUCUCUCCGGAAGAGACUCGCGAAACGGGUGCCGUGCUGCGCGCCGGAAAGAGCGACAUUCGCGAUGGAAAGAGCUUGUACGAUCUGGAGAUUGCUCUAAACUACGGUCAGGCUACUGGGUCGCCCCAGCUGCUCAGAUUCGUCACAGAGCACACUGAGCUUAUUCACAACCCCCCAUAUGCCGAUUGGCAAUGCUGCUUGACUGCAGGCAGCACGUAUGCGUGGGACACUACGCUUCGAAUGCUCUGCGAAAGAGGCGACUAUAUUAUGAUGGAGGAAUAUACUUUCUCGAGUGCCCAAGAAACCGCCACUCCGCAAGGUGUCAAGGUGCAGCCGAUCAAGAUGGACGAGCAAGGUCUGCUCCCGGAAUCCAUGGAUGAAGUCCUGAGUAACUGGGAUGAGGCCGCUCGGGGCGCCCGCAAGCCCUUCGUGCUGUAUACAAUUCCGACUGGGCAAAACCCUACUGGUGCUACCCAGCAGGUGGAGAGGCGUAAGGCAGUCUACAAGGUCGCUCAAAAGCACGAUGUCAUUAUCGUGGAAGACGAGCCCUACUAUUUCUUGCAGAUGCAGCCGUACGCGGGCGCUGACGCCGAGCCCGUUCCUCCGCCCGCCAACCACGACGAGUUCAUCAAGUCACUUAUUCCUUCGUACUUGAGUCUGGAUGUUGACGGUCGUGUGAUUCGUCUCGAGUCUUUCUCGAAGGUCCUUUCACCCGGUUCUCGUGUUGGUUGGAUUGUCGGAUCUCAGCAAGUCGUUGAGCGAUUCAUCCGCAACUGCGAGACCUCUUCUCAGAACCCCAGUGGUAUCUCUCAACUCGUCUUCUUCAAGCUUCUUGAAGAGCAAUGGGGUCAUGCGGGAUACCUCGACUGGUUGAUCAAUCUGCGCAUGCAGUACACCGGCCGCAGGGACACUCUUGUCCACGCUUGCGAGAAGUACCUGCCGCGGGAGAUCGCCAGCUGGAACGCCCCAGCAGCCGGCAUGUUUCAUUGGAUGAAAAUCGACUGGGAGAAGCACCCCGGCCUGUCUUCUGGAAAGACCCGCCAGGCCAUCGAAGAAGACAUCUUCCACGCAGCCAUCGACAACGGGGUUCUCGUGUCGCGUGGUAGCUGGUUCAAGGCCGACGGCAAAAGCGAGGGCGACAUGUUCUUCCGUGCUACUUUUGCGGCCGCCAGCGCGGAUAACGUCGGCGAGGCGAUUGCACGGUUCGGAAAGACCUUGCGCGCGCAGUUUGGUAUCUAA